UAUUGGGCAACGGGGCUGUGGAGGAGGAGGCUGCGCCAAGCCAGGAAGGCCCCGGGGAAUCGGGGGAGCCCCCUCCACCGAUCAGCAAAGCGUGGGCCUGUGCUCAGGGCUUGGGAGAAAGGCCACUGUCUCAGAGACCCCCACCCCACACCUGGGCGUUACGGGCCAGCGCCCCCGCGCCGACGUCGGCCUUCAAGGCCUCCUCCCCGGCCACCGCGGGGGGCGGAGCCGGGAGGCCAUUGCCCCGCCUCAUCCCCGCCCCCGCGCGCCGCGGGCCUGGGGCGCUGAGACCCGACUGAGCAGAGAUCGCAGACCCGGCGUUUCCCGGGCCGGCCCGGGGAUGCGGCAUUCGCUGUUUGCCCACCCCGCGGGCGACAGUGUCAGGGCGGGUGUCGAAGCAGGGGGCCCAGGAGGUCCUGUCCUAUGACCGUGGGCGGAAACUCCUCCCAGAGUCUCUCUCCAGCCAUGGACAGCCCUAGUCUUCGUGAGCUUCAGCAGCCUCUGCUGUUGGGCACAGGCUGUGAGCUCCCUGCCCAGAAGCCUGAUUUGGGAUCUCCCUUGAGAGAGACAGCCUUUGCGGAGUCCCUGAGGGGUUGGCAGUUCCUGUCACCACCGCUUCCCUCUGUAAGCGCUGGCCUGGGAGAACCAGGGUCCCCCGAUGUUGAGGACACGUUAUCCAGCGACAGUGACUCGGACUGGGAUGGGGGUGACCGUCUCUCUCCACUCCUACCCCAUGACCACCUUGGCUUGGCUGUCUUCUCCAUGCUCUGUUGUUUCUGGCCCAUGGGCAUCGCUGCCUUCUGUCUGGCCCAGAAGACCAGCAAGGCUUGGGCCAAGGGGGACAUCCAGGGGGCAGGGGCUGCCUCCCGCCGCGCCUUCCUGCUGGGGGUCCUCGCUGUCGGUCUAGGCGUGUGCAUGUAUGCGGCUGCUCUGGUGACCCUAGCUGCCUACCUUGCCUCCCGAGACCCACCCUAGUUGCCUGUGACCCACUGUGAACCCAGAGUCAAGCAGCCCAGUGCACCCAUGGGCACAGAGUGGAGAAUCCUGGUUGAAGAGGAAGCGGCAUCAGCAUCCAGAAACGGGAGGCAGCUGGACACCCUCCUCCCCUUCCUGGCCACCACGCACUGAGCAGCAGCAAUGUGAAAGAUUAAACACCAGACACUCUUGCAACCAAA